UAUAACUCAGCCUGGGUGUUAAGCGUGUGCAGACCAUACAUCAAAGAUCAACCAAGAACUCGGUAGAACAAACCAAUCAAGUAAGAGCAGUUCGAUCGAUUCAGCCGCGGCUAAGACUUCGACGAGGAUGAUUAAGGUUCCGCAAGUCGCGUUCCGUCGGGUUCUUCCACUAUUUGUUCACCGAAACGAACAGUUUUCUAUUGUUUCCCAACAAUUCACGACCAACUGUGUCCGCACCGCCGCCGUUUCCGCUGCAAUCACUACAACAACCGCCACUUGUGUCCGUAGUAAGAGUAGUAAUGUUUUGAAAUUUAGUUAUGUUAAUGGAAGAUCCUCAAAUUGGGGUUCAAGUCGGAACAUGUGUGUUAGAGCCACUCAAGUGAAUGACUCUGGAUCUAUCGAUUCCCCGCUUAUGCAGUCAAUGGAGAACAAGAUUAAGGAACAAUUAGAAGCACAAUCUGUAUCAGUAAAAGAUGCUUAUGGAGAUGGACGACAUGUUAGCAUUGAUGUUGUUUCUUCUGCCUUUGAGGGACAAACGGCUGUUAAUAGGCAGAGGAUGGUGUACAAAGCUAUUUGGGAGGAGCUACAGAGCACAGUCCAUGCAGUGGAUCAGAUGACAACCAGAACACCCGCUGAAGCAGAAGCUCAGAUCUCGUAACUCUAAAAGUUUGUCCAACCCUUAUCUUUGCCAAUAAAUGUCUUACAAUUAAAGUAUGCACUUAUUAUUCCCUUUCAGCAAUUGAUUAAUGGCACAAAUCUUAUGUUCGAUCUUUCAUUCAAGAUUGGUGGUCAAGGAAUCAACCUGUGUUUUUUUU